UAGGUUUUAUUUCUUUGGAAUAUUUAUCACAUAGUUAUUAAUUUAGAAUUCUGUGUGUAUACCUACUAGGUUCAACCUAGACCCAGCCUAACCAUGUUUCUGGAGAUACUGACCUCCGUUAUCAACCUCACCCUUACCACAGGCUCUGCUCUCACCUUGCCCCUAGGUUUUCUGAUCCUAGCUUUCCCAUUACCACCCUCUGGCCUCUGGUUGUGGCACACCUGUGAUUUCAUGUUAGGCCCUCAAUGCUGACAGCUUGCCUAUCCUUCAUAUACUGAUCUGUCUCUGGCACACUCAAAAUCCCUUCACACAUCAAGAGAUUUCCUUGGAAACCAAAACAAAGGAGAAGAAGUGACUGUUCUGGAGUUGCUGCCUGGUGCUGGACAUUUAUUUUCAUGUUUCAUGUUCAUCUUGCAGCGAGGCGUUUCCAUCUCAUCCCGCAGACAAGCCUUCACUGUAGGAAAGCUGGCCCCCACCUCUUAUCAGCAAGGAGCAGGGUCUGCAUCACCACCCUUUGCCAGUUUUCUCUCACGAGACUCUGGUCAUCAGGGAGCAGGUCUUCUCUCUCAGAGGCAAGCAGCUUAUUUCAGGCAAUGACAGCAGUUUUCAUAUAGUUCUUCAGAUCUCCUUUAGUACCUAGGACAGUGCUUUCCAUAGGGUAGAGUCAUUAUCAAUGUUGGUUAGUGGUGUCAAAAACUAUUUCUACUUGAAGUAGAAUGAACAGUUGCUAUAUAGAAUAGUUAGGAAGCCGUAUCCUCUCAUUGGAGGGGUCCAAGUAGAGGCCAGACAACCACUUACCUGUGAUGGUUUUAGUAGGGAAUAAUGCAUUUGGAUAGAAAGAAGAGGUAGAAGAUGGCUAGCCUUUUCCACCCUGAUUGUGAUCUCAUAAACUAUGGGAUGCCAGCACUGAGUCUAACGGUGGAAAAUAGGCUGUUGGCCCAGAGACAGAUGACUCUCCAGAAUCCACUUAGUUUUUCUGUUUUCUUGAGCAAGUGGUCUGCAGGUUGGGUGAGUCUUUAAUUAAUAUGCUUCUCUAGCAGCGUAUAUUACUCCCCUAGUCAAAUGGCAGAGUAUGUAAGAUCAACAUUGUGUACCCCACUGAGGCUUCAACCCUUUAAAGAAGUCUUUUCCUGUAAGUGUAAGGAGAAGCAGAUGGUAAUGAAAAAAUAUGCACAUUUUAUUAUGCAUUGCACAUUUUACUUAUUAGAAUUUUUAGUAUGACACCCUGCAUUUUAAAAAGCCUAAAGAUGAAAACAAAAUGGAAUUAUUCUUUGAAAUAUUUAAAUCAGCUUGCAACAAUUAUCUCAAAAUAUGAAAAUAAAAUCUAGCAGCCUGGAAGGUAGAUCUUCCUUGACCACCCACUUUGAAAAUCUUGUCUUUCAAAGGGAGCCUCUUCCUCUCAAAAAGGAAGAAGAGCAUGCUGUACAGAAUGAGGGCAGGAAGGGACGUAUCCCUGAUGAGGUUGUAUAGAGGCUGGAGCUUAUGUGUGGGAGAGCUGGUGGUGGGAAUGAGGGCAAGUGACUACACUGAACCAUUCUCUCAUUGAAAAGUAGAACCAGAACUGGAGAGGAGUUACCUUGGAGUUCUGGACUGGGUGUAGAGAGAGAGUGUUUCUGUCUGCUCUUUCCCUAACCACAUCUCUGCCUCCCUUUGCUGAGUGAGUCAUCCUCUGCCAGCCUUACCAUUUGCCAGCACUCACUCCCACAGAGACCAUGUGAGGAUUAACAAGCCGUACUUUGGGAACGUCACUGAAACUCUGUGGAAGAAGCGGUCCAAGAAUGAGUCAGAAGAAACAGCAUGCCAGCUCCAAACCUAGGCUUCAGAGGCCCUGGGUAUUUCCAGUUACUCUUCAGUGUUCUGCCAUCAUCAUGAGAUAACCUACCCCCACUAGCCUACUGGCCCAAGGAAGCAGGGAGGCAUGUAGGCUAGGGCCCCCAGCAACACCCAGCCUGCACUAGCUGAUUCUGACCAACUCACAGAAACUUGAGCAAAAGAAGAAGAUAAAUGUGUAUAUUAUAUUUCACGAAUGAAAUAGAUGCAGAUGGAAACCUGUGUCGAAGUAACCAACUGUUGCAAGUCAUGCUGACCAUGCACCGAAUUAUCAUCUCCUCUGCAGAACUGCUCCAAAAAGUUAUCACCCUCUAUAAGGAUGCUUUGGCAAAGAAUUCACCAGGACUUUGCCUGAAGAUCUGCUAUUUUGUAAGGUAUUGGAUAACAGAAUUCUGGGUCAUGUUUAAAAUGGAUGCCAGCUUGACAGACACUAUGGAGGAGUUUCAGGAACUGGUGAAAGCUAAGGGUGAGGAGUUACACUGCCGCCUGAUUGACACAACUCAAAUCAAUGCCCGUGACUGGUCCAGGAAACUUACUCAAAGGAUAAAAUCAAAUACCAGCAAGAAACGGAAAGUCUCCCUGCUCUUUGACCAUCUGGAACCAGAAGAGCUAUCCGAGCACCUCACCUACCUUGAGUUCAAGUCCUUCCGAAGGAUAUCGUUCUCUGAUUAUCAGAAUUACCUUGUAAAUAGCUGUGUGAAGGAAAACCCCACCAUGGAGCGAUCUAUUGCUCUGUGCAACGGCAUCUCCCAGUGGGUACAACUGAUGGUUCUCAGCCGCCCCACCCCGCAGCUCCGAGCAGAAGUCUUCAUCAAGUUCAUCCAGGUGGCUCAGAAGCUCCACCAACUACAGAACUUCAAUACACUGAUGGCUGUGAUAGGUGGGCUGUGUCACAGCUCAAUCUCAAGGCUCAAGGAGACAAGUUCGCAUGUCCCACAUGAAAUCAAUAAGGUUCUCGGUGAGAUGACUGAGCUGCUGUCCUCCUCCAGAAACUAUGACAAUUACCGGCGAGCCUAUGGAGAGUGCACCGACUUCAAGAUCCCCAUUCUGGGUGUGCAUCUCAAGGACCUCAUCUCCCUGUAUGAAGCCAUGCCUGACUAUCUGGAGGACGGGAAAGUGAACGUCCACAAGCUACUGGCCCUGUACAAUCAUAUCAGUGAAUUGGUCCAGCUGCAAGAGGUGGCCCCACCCUUGGAGGCUAACAAGGACUUGGUACACUUGCUGACGUUAUCCCUGGAUCUUUAUUACACUGAGGAUGAAAUCUAUGAGCUUUCCUAUGCUCGGGAACCAAGGAACCACAGAGCUCCACCACUAACGCCUUCAAAGCCACCAGUAGUAGUGGACUGGGCUUCUGGAGUGUCUCCCAAACCUGAUCCAAAGACCAUUAGCAAACACGUCCAGAGGAUGGUGGAUUCUGUCUUCAAGAACUAUGAUCACGACCAGGAUGGAUACAUUUCUCAGGAAGAAUUUGAAAAGAUUGCUGCAAGUUUUCCAUUUUCCUUCUGUGUGAUGGACAAAGACAGGGAAGGCCUCAUCAGCAGGGAUGAGAUCACAGCCUACUUCAUGCGAGCCAGCUCAAUCUAUUCCAAGCUGGGCCUGGGCUUUCCUCACAACUUCCAAGAGACCACCUACCUGAAGCCCACUUUUUGUGACAACUGUGCUGGAUUUCUCUGGGGAGUGAUCAAACAAGGAUAUCGAUGUAAAGACUGCGGAAUGAACUGCCACAAACAAUGCAAAGAUCUGGUUGUGUUUGAGUGCAAGAAGCGAGCCAAGAACCCAGUAGCUCCCACAGAGAACAACACUUCUGUGGGGCCAGUGUCCAACCUUUGCUCAUUGGGAGCCAAAGAUCUGCUCCAUGCACCUGAGGAAGGACCUUUUACAUUCCCUAAUGGGGAGGCUGUGGAACAUGGUGAGGAGAGUAAGGAUCGGACCAUCAUGCUGAUGGGAGUGUCCUCACAGAAGAUUUCUCUUCGGCUGAAGAGGGCUGUUGCCCACAAGGCCACCCAGACUGAAUCACAGCCUUGGAUUGGCAGUGAGGGCCCUUCAGGUCCCUUUGUGCUGUCUUCCCCAAGGAAGACAGCCCAGGAUACUCUUUAUGUGCUUCCCAGUCCCACCUCUCCAUGUCCUAGCCCAGUCUUGGUCAGAAAGCGGGCUUUUGUCAAGUGGGAGAAUAAAGACUCCCUCAUAAAAUCAAAGGAGGAGCACCGUCACCUCAGACUGCCUACCUACCAAGAGCUGGAACAGGAAAUAAAUACUCUGAAAGCAGAUAAUGAUGCCCUAAAGAUCCAACUGAAAUAUGCACAGAAGAAAAUAGAAUCCCUCCAGCUUGAAAAAAGCAAUCAUGUCUUAGCUCAAAUGGAGCAGGGUGACUGUUCUUAGCCUAGAAACUAAGUAGCACAAUCUGUAGAUGAGUAUAGUAAUCUCCUUUCCUAAACUGUAACGCACAGACCUGAGGAACUUUACACUGACCACCUUUAAAACAGUACUUUAAAAGGAAAAGCCUGUUACUGUUUAUUUACCUAAAAGAUUCCUAAUGUGCAGCAUUGUUUUCUCUUUCAGUUGACUCAAAGGGGGAAAACUAAACAAUGCAAAACUGUUGCUAUUCAUACCACUGAUGUUCAUCAAAAGUAUGCGAUCUAAAACAUGACUAUCAUUUCCUGCCAAUGGGGCAUCUCAAUGGCCUGCCUGGCUAAUUCUUCCUUAAAACUAAAAUCUCUGGAAAAUGUAUGUGCUUCUUACCCUGUGUUUUCUGCAAACUGACUGACUUUGUUCCAGCCAAAGCUUGCUAAUAAUAGAAAACUACCCAUAUUCCAAAAGUAGAUUUCCUCUGUAUCCCAGCAUACUUUGUGAACCUGGCUCCUUCUUCACUACCUCAGAUCUAAUCAAUUAGUCUAUGUACCCUCCUUCCUCACUACAGUCAUAACACAUGAGCGUAUCUACCUAGAAGACAGUUUCUACCGAUGUAGCCACAACUUUUUAGAGGCCUAUUAAACAUGAUGUUAUCCAAUUGCAGGUCAACUUAUAGUUGUAGCCUUACAACUUACAGUCAUCAUAAAAUAAGUAAUCAAAUUAGGUACAUAGCUAUUACCAUCUCAUAUUACUAAAGUAAACAUAACGCAAACAUGUUUGUCCUUAUAUAUUCUACAGUGGAUAGAAUUAGGAAUUGAUGGCUUUAAAAAAAAAGUCUAUGAAGAGUCUGUUUAACUCUUCAUGUUCUAUCUUUAUCUUCUGAAGUAAACUAUUUUGAAAGCUCUCUUUUUGAAAUGAAUUUGUGCUUAACUGUCUUCACUAUUAAUACUAUUUAGAAAUAAGCUAAUUGGAUCAGUAGCUUAAAUAAUAGCUGUGUGUACAUAUGUAUAUAAUAUGUAUAUGCAAUAUCAGGCAUGCAUGUGGCUUGGAAUUUUGUUUCCUCCAUAAAAUGUGGAAGUGAAUUAAACAAGUUUUAGUCAUUUAUACAAAGUCACAAAUAUAAAGUUCAGUUUGUCACAAGAUUAAAUUGCUCACAAGGUAAAACUGUAUUGUUUGGCAAAAUCACAAGUAACAGUCCUAUGAGUUUUCUAUUAUGAAGGUUAAUAAUAAAUGGGCUCAUUUAGUUGCCUGGGCACCUAUUCACAAAUUCAUUUGUCAGCCUCUUUUUAGUUCUCUUAAAAAAAUAAAAUCAUAUGAUCAUUUUCCUUUUUGGGGGUACUUAGCUUCCAUGCCUAUAAAGUCUGGUACCAGACUGACUUGAAAUUCAUAAACAAGUUGUCCAAUUGCCAAAAAUAUGUUAACAAUUAAAAGUUCCAAACCUAAAGCCAAUAGCACCAAGUCUUCAUACGAAUACAAAGUAUAUAUACAGUAUUGCUUACCUGGAGGAUUCAGAUCAUUUAGGAAUUCUCUUUGAUGAAAGACCAGUUCCCAUUUGAGUUCCUCCUUGCACUGAGUUUUAGUGAUAUAGAACUAGCUUGUAGUUAGUGUUUCAGUACAUUAUAAAGAAUCGUUUUACACACAUAUUUACCCUUUUCCAAAUUUAAACUCAGAAAUACCCAAAGCAGGCCCGCUUAAGCCCACUACCUGGCAUAUAAACUUAUAGUAACACUUUGUUACUUGCUUUUUAAUAGGACAGACUCUAAAAUUCAUAUUCUUCACUAUUCGUCUUUUCCUUUGAUAUAGACCAAAGAUGGUAUGCUCUAAUUUUUUUAAACAGUAAUGGAACACAAUUUUUUUCAUUCUUCCUCCUCUCCAUUCAAAAUAAAGAUCCCCAGUUAGUUUUUAUAUAAAUAAUCUAUAGGGAUUCAAAAGGUCACAGUCCCCUUAAUUAGUCAAAUUAGCAAUGGCUAAACAGUAUCAAGUACUGCAGAAUUUAUCACUGAAAUGGAUAAGAGGAAAGUUUCAUCACAGGUUUUUACAGUCCAGCAAGGGCCACAGAGGUACAGUAUACAAGUUAAUAGUAUUUGUGUUGAGCAACAUGGGGCUAGUGGGAUCACAGAAAUCUGAAAGAAAAAAAAAAAACAAACCAAAAAAAAGUUUUGGCUUAUCAAGCCUAGUGUAAAUUUUUGCAUCUCACACGACUUUAGUUUGGCCAGGUAUUUAUCUGCCAAAACAAGGACAAAUCUUGUUGUAUUAACAGCAGGGUCACUUCUCAUUUUCUUUGCUGACUUACCUUUUUACUGAUCAUUGUGAAUUUCUGUCUAAAAAUGUAUAAUAUAGAAAUGCAAGAAAAAAACAAAUGUACAGAUUGUAAAGUUUUUUGAUACCUAAUGUAAGUUUUCUCUGUGUAAUAUUUAUAUGAUAAAAGACAUUAGGUUCCCUACAA